AUGAAAGCAGACAAGUGGAUUCCCUUUUUUGCCCUCUGGGUGCUGUGUGUCAUUUCAAAAGGUGAAGGAGCCUGUAAGACACAUACAGUCAGCGCUCCACUUGGCUCUUCUGUGGUCUUGCCCUGCAACUUUUCAUCAAAUGACUCCAGCUGGGUUGAAUGGACUCAGGAAGAUGGACAAAAUGUGGACCUGGUUCGUCUCUCAUCUAAGGGGCGCAUUAUUUAUCUGGACCCCAGAUCUGGGCGAGUGAAAACAUUUCCAAUCCAAGUGUCAGAGAGAAAAUACUCUAUCAUCAUUGAUGCGCUCCAAAACUCUGAUAUAGGUUCUUACUACUGCAGGCAGAGCAAUGAAUGCAUUGAAGUGAAGUUGUCCGAAGACAAAGGUGAACAAGAUAUUGAGAAUGUCUGUAAGACACAUGAAGUCAUUGCUGCACUUGGCUCUUCUGUCCGCUUGCCCUGCAACUUUUCAUCAAAAGACUCCAGCUGGGUUGAAUGGACUCAGGAAGAUGGACAAAAUGUGGACCUGGUUCGUCUCUCAUCUAAGGGGCGCAUCAUUUAUCUGGACCCCAGAUCUGGGCGAGUGAAAACCUUUCCCAUCCAAGCUCCAAAGAGGAAUUACUCUAUCAUCAUUGAUGCGCUCCAAAACUCUGAUAUAGGUUCUUACUACUGCAGGCAGAGCAAUAAAUGCAUUGAAGUGAAGUUAUCCAAAGACAAAGGUGAGAUGCAUGUUCUGAUCAUCAUCUGUACUGGUGCAGCUGCACUGAUCCUCCUCAGCCUUUUUGGCUACUUCUGCUGUUUGAAAUAUAAUUGCCUUUCCAGCAAAAGUGGGCCUGAUGAUGUGAUCGAUACAGUCAGUGGGACUGUAGGUCCCAGUGCUCCACCACAAGAAGGCGGCGUAAACAGACCUCCAACAGGAGGCAACAAUCUUGACAAUAAUCUUGUUUAUGAAAAUGAUGACCAGUACUUAAACGCAUCCAGAAAUCCAAUUGGCCAACCAGGAGCUGCACAGCGCCAGGAUGGGAAUCAGCCUGAUCAGAGUGGGAUUGGAAUUUAUCCAAAUCUGGAUGAGUUCAAGUUUCAAAGAGAGGAAAGUCAGAGGACAAAGCAGAGAUUUCAUUUAGAGCUCUUCAGCAGGUUACGACAAGCCAGUAUAAAUCGCCAUUUUUAUGCAAACCAGGGAGAGAUCCGUAAGCAGCAAGCCAGGGCAGCACAAGCAGAGAAUAAUAGAGCAGGGAUGGGCAGGAGAAAACCCAAAGACUCGUGUGAAUACAAAAACCCCAUUUACAACAGGAGCACAGACCAACUCAACCGACUCUAGACGAUUCAGGAGUCUGCUUUUUUUUUUUUUGAUACUGAUAGAUAUUUACUGAUUAUGUUGUUUUCAAGUCUAACUGCAAUACAUUUUUCUGUAUCUUGUAUCUUUAAAGCUUUUUAAUAAUAAAAAAAU